AUGUCAAGUAAAUAUGUUAUUGAUCCAGAUGUUGAAUUUAAUCGUAAACAUCGAGUAAAAAGACCACCGAAGAGAUUUGAUGUUAAUCCUCAAACAACUCAUGUAUUUUCUCGUACAGAAUAUUAUCGAAAAACAUUUCGACAAGUUAUCGAUCAAUUAAUUACAGAAUAUAAACAACUUUUAAUGUUGAUGGAUAAAAAUAUUCAGUCUUUAGCAGCAUUAUCUUUUAAAUAUAUCCUCAAGUUUACUGCCACAGAUGCCGAUAAUAUAAGUAAAAUGGUACAAAUUAAUGAUAGUGUCUUGUUAUACAGUGAAAUACAAUUAUUCAAAGAGAAAAUACAUGAAUGUGAAACGAUUGCUAAUGCAAGUAAAUUUAUUCAUGAACGAAAAUCAUCUAUUCCAUUAAUUACUCAAGCAUACCAAUAUCUUUUAACAUUACCAGAGACGGCAGCAAGUGUCGAAAGAUCAUUUAGUAAAAUGAAGAUCGUGAAGAACAGAUUAAGAACGAAAAUGAAUAAUGAACGCUUACAUUCAUUACUCACAUGUAGAUGUCGUAUCGAAGUUAG